GAUCGACGGUUACAAAUGCGUUAACUUUUAUACUAAAAGCUUCUUAAACGAUUUCCAUUUCAUAUCGAGAACUCAAGAAUCGAGAAAUCCCCCAGAUCCAUCGAAAUUCCAGUUUGCGAAUCGGUCGUCACUUCGUUUCUCUCCCAGCUACAAAGGUUGGUUCCCAAUUGCUUUAUAAAUGGCGGAAGCAAAAUCUGGAAUGAGGAAACCAGUGUUCACCAAGGUUGAUCAACUUCGGCCGGGAACUAGUGGGCACACUCUUACUGUGAAGGUGGUGAGCUCGAAGAUGGUGUUGCAGAAGGGCCGCCCUGAUGGGCCGCAAGUUCGUCAGAUGCGCAUAGCUGAAUGCUUGGUUGGAGAUGAGACUGGCAUAAUUGUUUUUACAGCCAGGAAUGAGCAAGUGGACUUGAUGAAACCUGAUACAACUGUAAUACUACGCAAUGCGAAAAUCGACAUGUUCAAGGGUUCAAUGAGGCUUGCUGUAGACAAGUGGGGCCGUGUUGAAGUCACUGAACCUGCAAGCUUUGCUGUGAAGGAAGAUAACAACCUGUCGCUGGUGGAAUAUGAACUUGUGAAUGUUGUUGAAGAGUGAAGUGUGAAGCGGUUGCUCCCUUCCAAAAAUCGAAUGAAGCAAGUGAAUUUAGUGUUUUUUUGAGGUUGAGGUGGGCAAUAUGUUGUUUUCCUGGGCAUCUGGCUUUCAGUUGCCUGGACGAGUUCGCUUCUAGGAGAUCUUGGAGCUACUACUACUGAAGGGAGUCCGGUCAUAACUUAGCAGCAGUGGAAGGCAGCCUGUGGAACCUUACGAGGAAGAUGCCAAUGCAUGUGGUGACAACACCAGACUGAUGAUAAGUCAGCUGCCCAGAGCAGUUGUCUUGGGGUGCUUCCUUGAUCUUAGGGCCAUAACUGUUUCUUAGUAAUGAGAUAAUCUAUAUAAAUAUUUCACAAAUGUGGUUCUUCCAAUUACAUGCUCUAGCAUGGAUCUUGCCCGGCUGUUUUGCCCAAAAUUAUGUUUUCAUUUUUUUCUGAGACUA